AUGUACGAUGACUCCUGGUACAGCUUUGUGCCCGAACUCUCUAAGAAGCCAGUCGCUCCAUCUCAACCCCAAGGCCAUCGACGAAAGGAGUCUCUAUUACAGCAACCGAACGGUGAUGUGAAAACCGAGCCAGUCGAACGUCUAGAUAAUGUUUUCGAAGAGCUAGAAGAUACCAAUGACCCACCCGAACCGACCAUAGUUCGUCGAGCCGCCUCAUAUUCCGACUUUUACCAUGUCGUUCAAGCCCAAUUGGCCAAAGAUGGUCAAUUGCGGCGCAAGAAGCGGCCGACCAAAACGGAUAGGACCUGGGAGGCAUUGAUGUUGAAGGCGGGAGACGAAGUCGAUCAGAGAUACAAAGUGCCUGAACCGCUUGAUGAGGCGUUUGAGAAUCAAUUGCUUGAGGACAGUCAACAGGAAUAUUUAGUUUAUCGCGACCAGCUGUCAUUGACAGAACGUCAUCUUGAUGGGCUUAUCGACGAUGCCAAUACCACUUUGGCGCUUCUAACAUCGCUGUCGGAGUCGUUUCAAUCGGUGGACGAGCAAACAACAACUUUCCAAGCCCAGUGCGAGGGUCUUCUCAAAGAGCAACGACGGUUGGAAACACUGGCAGACAAAGUCGGUACCGAUUUAUACUACUACAUCUACCUCGAUACCGCAACCCGUCGACUCAAUGCUCCUGGGGCCAGCCGACUGGUUGACGACGACGAGUUUGGUACCAUGAUUGAAAACAUUGACUCAUGCAUUGGUUUCAUGAACAGCCAUGAAACAUAUCGUGAACGUGAUACAUAUCUGGCACGAUACAACGCAUUGCUCACCAAAGCUCUUCACUUGCUAGAUCACGGCUUUUCCACUCGCCUGGACAAGACAUCUACGGAAAUUGCUCGUCAAAUUGCAGCCGCAGCAUCAGACUCUGCCCGCCAUGCUUUGGCAUAUGGCCGGUUUGCCGAAAUGAUUACUGAUACAUACUCAUUGCUUCCCAACAUACAAAAAAUAGUUGGUCAUGCAUACGACCAAUAUGGAAGAGCUUUAGAUUCUGCAACAGAGACUUCUGUCUACGCUAGUUCCGCCACGAAUAUGUUCCGUACCUACCUGACUACGAGAGAUCGAGACUUGAAGCCCAUGACUCAACGAGAUUUGGAAGAGUACCAGAAGGGAGCCAAGAGCCUUUCAGUAGAGACGGCAUCGCGAAACUACGUCAAGCAACUAUUCGAAAGAAUGUAUAACGAGGAUGCCUUAUUUUUCAAGAUUUUUGGCAUCGAAGCAAUGUGGAAUACGUCAUCCACUUCUGCUUUCCAAGCUCUCAAGGGAAUAAACACGACGAUGGUCCACCCAGGUCACAUUGCACCGCUCGGAAACAGCAUUCAAGCGGUUCUCCAAACAGCCAAACUUGAAUCUGUUUGUAGCGUUGUGGGAUGGUUGGCAAAUGAAUAUUCAAUCGCAGAACACGAUGAAGAGGAGUCACAUUCUACAAGAAAACAUCGCGAGUAUGCCGCAAGAUUGCUUGUGGAUCAUCUUUGGCCAUUCACCGAUAAUGCAUUUGAGGCGGAAAUUACGAAGUCCAUUUCCAAAGCCGCAUUGCAAGACGGCGACUUGAAAAUUGGCCCUGUUGUAGACGGUGUUGCGUCGUCCAAUGCUUACCCACUUGUCACAAAAGCUGUCGAGCUGCUAGCCAUGUUCGACCAGGCUAUGCCCAAGGAACGAUCUUCCAAAAAUAGUUCUGUUGUAUUCAAAAUCGUACGAGAAACUAUCCAGGUACUACAACGUGCUGAAGCUAGAAUUCAGUACCUCAAGUCAAGCACGGAUCCCGCCUUAUUCAUGGUGAAGAAUCUUCUCAUCGUAAAGAACGAACUGGUUUCUCUUGAAAUAGGCGACAUCCGAAACCACCCUCAGUCUAUGCAACAUUUUAGCCAAAUAUGGGACACGUUGAGUCCAACAAACUGGGUUAAUUUCUUUGGCAGUAUUCUCGGGGGUUCAAUUUGGUCCCGAGGAGCACCCUCGGUUACAGCCAAGACACUCACAGUAGAGGAUAUGAGCGAGCAACUGGACGAAUUACUUCGACAAUCAAUAUACGCAUUCACGAAGCGGUGGGCGACUCUGCUUAACGAUUCAACAAAUCGCAAGCCGGGAGUCAAGCCGAUUGCCAAAGUGGAGGCUGAGCUGGAGACCAUUCUUGAUACAGCAUUCAGUAAUCAGCCUGAAGUGAUUGCGAAGCUCAAAGAAGCUAUCCAGCUCAACGCCCAGGCGCAGAAUAAUGCAAAUGACGAAAAGCGAGGUGCAAAACGGUAUUAG